AUGGCGACGCCUUCGCCACCAAAACCGUGGGAGAGAGCAGGCGCAGGAAACGCAUUAUCAACAGCUCCUAUGGCCGGUAGUCCCGCUGCCUCUACCGCGAUGACUACCACAGUGGCCAACCCCGCAGCCUCAACGGCAUCCACUGCCCCCGAUCUUCCCUCCCGUCCCAGUGCCCUCAACUCCGUGGUCAACAGUACUGCCUCAAAUUACUCACCCUACGGUGCCUCGCGCCUUGGAACAAACGCUUACGGCUCCACCUAUGGUGGUAUGGGCGGCAUGGGCAGCUACUCAUCACCGUACUCGCGCUUCGGCGGCAUGGGCGGUAUGGGCUCCAUGUAUGGCGGCGGAUAUGGAGGCUACGGAGGUGGCAUGUACGGAGGAAUGGGCGGUAUGGGGGGCAUGGGAGGGAUGUACGGUGGCAUGCCCGGCCAAGAUCCCAAUGAUCCUAACAGCCUGACCAACUCGUUUGGACAGAGCACCCAGGCCACCUUUCACAUGAUUGAGAGUAUCGUCGGUGCAUUUGGAGGCUUUGCUCAGAUGCUCGAGAGCACAUACAUGGCCACGCACAGUUCAUUCUUUGCAAUGGUCUCGGUCGCAGAACAAUUCGGUAAUCUGCGCAAUACCCUCGGCUCGGCUCUGGGAAUUUUCACCCUGAUUAGAUGGUUCCGCACAUUGCUGGCGAAACUCACAGGACGUCCACCGCCAGCUGAUGCGACUUCGUUGACCCCGGCUGCAUUUGCGGCGUUCAUGGGCAAGCGCUCGGUAGGAGCCACACUUCCCGAUGGCUCGCCAGCUCCCGCCAAGCCAUCCAAGAAGCCCUUCUUCAUGUUCCUGAUUGCGCUCUUUGGUCUUCCAUAUCUCAUGGGCAAGCUCAUUAAGACAAUGGCCCGGUCCCAGGAGGAAGAGGCCAAGCGUCGCCAGCAGCUCCUCGGGCCCAACGGUGAGCCUGGCUCAGCAUCGCUCGACCCGACUAAGCUGGACUUCUGCCGUCUGAUGUACGACUAUACCCCUGAGACACAGGAGAGCAACGGCAUUGAUCUUGCCGUGAAGAAGGGCGACAUUGUCGCUGUCCUUAGCAAGUCUGACCCUAUGGGCAAUGCCUCCGAGUGGUGGCGCUGCCGUGCCCGUGAUGGCCGUCGCCGGCCCGCUCAGCAGGCCAUCACAGCCGGCAGCGAGCCCGCCACUCGCACCGUCACAAUGAAGGGUGAUCCUGUGGCCGAAGGCCGCACGCAGAGCCUGUCAUCUCUUACCAAGCCCGAGCUCACAAGCAAGAUGGGCGAUAUCUCGCCCGAAAGCUUCCAGAAGAGCACUUUCUACUCAUGA